CAAGUCCUCUCUCCUUCCUGUUUUUCACAAGUUCCUGCCUUUUUUUACUGACGCUAGUGUUGUCGCCUCACACUGGAAGGAGUUCAAGCUUCCCAAGAAUCCCUUGUUUGAGAUUCCUAACAAGGAGAGCCGGAAAGAAGAGCGCUUUUAAACACCUCCCAGCUCAUGUUUGUUGUGAAGUGCGAGCUGACCAUGCUUUGGAGCUUAUUUCCUUGGUGUAGCUGACAUUGGUGAGGGGGGGUUGGAAAAUUUGGCUUGGGAGGAGGUGAAAGAGGAAACCCCAUUCACUGAAACGCUGAGCCGAGUGUCUCCUUGGGGAGAACUAAACUUUACUACCUUCUCCUGAUGGCACUCCAGAGGAUAAACCUUCCCAAAAGCUGGUGAAACAUGCCUGGGAGAGGAGAUUGGGUUUAGUUAUGGAGUCACUAAGGGAAUCUAUUCUUCAUUUGACCUUUCAGAUGUCUACUUAUAAACGGGCCACGCUGGAGGAAGAGGAGCUGUUGGACACCGGUUCUGAUGGGAUCUACCACACCUCUAGCAUGCAGGUUGGUGUACAGCGUGGUCUGGGUCUCCGAUGCUGGGCAGAGAAAACUCACUCAGAGAGAAAACUCGUGGUCCUUGUGUGCACUCUUUCUAUGGCUCUGUUCAUCUGCAUCCUGUCUUUAGGUCUGCACUAUAAAGAAUCUCAUCCGGGUCUGUGCCUGUCGGAGCCAUGUGUGAGUGUGGCCAGUGCAGUUCUGGGGUCUCUUGACCGGUCGGUGGACCCCUGCCAGGACUUUUAUAACUUCGCAUGUGGAGGCUGGAUGAGGAAAAACCCUCUGCCUGAGGGCAAGUCCCGCUGGGGGCCUUUCAGCAACUUGUGGGAACAGAACAUGGCUGUCAUGAAGAACUUGUUAGAGAACACCAGCAUGAAGAGCUUGAGCAGAGCAGAGCAGAAAGCCCAGUGGUAUUACCAAGCCUGUAUGAACGAGAGAAAAAUUGAAGAGCUUGGAGCAAAACCACUCCAGGACCUCAUCAAUCAGGUCGGAGGCUGGGGCUUGAAAGGCCCGUGGGAGAAGGAUAACUUCCAGGAGGUUUUACGGAUUGUGUCAGCCAACUUCCGAACCUCUCCCUUUUUCACUGUUUUUGUCAGCACAGACUCGAAAAGCUCCAACAGCAACAUCAUACAGGUGGAUCAGUCAGGAUUGGGACUCCCCUCUAGGGAAUACUAUCUCAAUAAGACUGCCAAUGAAAAGUAUUUGAAUGCUUACCUGAACUUUUUGGUGGAACUCGGAGUCCUCCUGGGCGGCUCACAGGACACCUCACAGAAAAUGAUGGAGGAGAUCAUACAGUGAACCACGCUGGCAAACAUUACAGUGCCUCAAGUUGAGCGACGGGAUGAGGAGAAAAUAUAUCAUAAAAUCCAAGCCAAAGAGUUAGCUACAUUGGCUCCUGCUAUAGACUGGAUGCCUUUCCUCUCUUCUGUUUUCGCCCCGGUUGUGCUAAAUGACUCUGAACCCGUGGUUGUAUACGCUAAAGAAUACCUCCAGAAAGUCUCCGAGCUCCUCAGCAAUACAAAUAAGAGUGUCUUGAACAACUACAUGAUCAUGAAAGUGGUGCGGAAAAUGGUGUCCAUCUUAGACCAGAAGUUCCAGGAUGCAGAGCAGCGUUUCCUUGAAGUCAUGUACGGCACCAAGAAGAGCUGCAUGCCACGCUGGAAACUUUGCGUCAGCGACACGGAUAGCGCUCUGGGCUUUGCUCUCGGGGCGCUCUUUGUCAAAGCUACUUUUUCCGAAGACAGCAAAGCUUUUGUUGAAGAUAUGGUCUCGGAGAUCAAAUGGGCCUUUGAAGACAGCUUGAAGACUGUCAGCUGGAUGGAUCCCGAGACAAAAAAAGCCGCCAAAGAAAAGGCUGAUGCAAUAUACAACAUGGUGGGUUAUCCAAAAUUUAUUAUGAACCCCAAUGAGCUGGACAAGGUGUUUAAUGACUUUGAUGUUGUUUCAGAUCUCUACUUUCAAAAUGUCAUGAAUUAUUACAACUUCUCUGCACGAGUGACUGCUGACCAGCUGAGAAAAGCCCCCAACAGAGAUCAAUGGAGUAUGACUCCACCUACAGUCAAUGCCUACUACAACCCCACAAAGAAUGAGAUGGUUCUUCCUGCAGGCAUUUUCCAGGCUCCCUUUUACAACCAUGCUUGGCCAAAAGCCAUGAAUUUCGGUGGUAUAGGUGUGGUUAUGGGGCACGAGCUCACCCAUGCAUUUGAUGAUCAAGGACGCAAAUAUGACAAGGAUGGAAAUCUAGCAAUAUGGUGGCAAAAUUCGUCCGUGGAAGCUUUUAAACACCAGACCCAAUGCAUGGUGGAGCAAUACAGCAACUACAGUAUUAACAAUGAACCCCUGAACGGAAAACACACUUUGGGAGAAAACAUUGCUGACAACGGAGGCCUGAAUGCGGCUUACAAGGCUUAUGUAAACUGGAUCAAGAAGAACGGCGAGGAGGCCAGUCUGCCUGCCCUUGGGAUGAACAAUCAUCAGCUGUUUUUUGUGGGAUUUGCUCAGGUGUGGUGCUCUGUUCGGACUCCUGAAAGCUCUCACGAGGGCGUCAUCACUGACCCUCACAGUCCUUCACGCUUCCGGGUCAUCGGCACCAUCUCCAAUUCCCACGAGUUCUCUGAGCACUUCGGCUGCAAGGCAGAUUCACCCAUGAACCCCAAACGCAAGUGUGAGCUUUGGUGACAGUGAGAUUGAACCUGGAGCAGUUAUCCUGCAAAAAAUAUGCCAAAAGUCUGUCUCAGGUUGCCUCAUAUUGACUGCCAGGUCACUGACAGCGGACUACUUAUUUUCCAGCCUCUUAAUGGGAAACUGGUGUAAAUAGAGACUCCAUGGACCUCUAUAUAAUGGAGUUUUAUUCUUCUCGAAACACUGGAAGUUAGUGCUUAAAUAUAAUAGGAAGGAAUUGUGCUUUUUGCAGAUGUUUUCUUUGAAUACAUGCCUUUUAUAAGCAAAUGCUUUUAUUUUUCUAAUGGGAAGUACUAUUUAUGUUCUCUGUGAUAUGUUGUGGGGGUUUAUUUGAUUUCUCUUUGUCUGUAAUGUUCGCCAAUUCUUACACAACACCACUAACAUCACUCACAUUUUAAUACACGGUUAAAACAUCUUAUGUUUGGUCCAAUACAUACCAUGUCCAAUUUGCCUGUGCAAUAUGUGAAGCUGAUUUUGGGUGAAUGAUCAGAUUGUAAAUGAAGAAUAUGUAUGUGAGCAGUACACAGUUUUAUUGGGUUUAUUUUUGUACUGCAAUAUAGGAAAGUGCUAUAUGCAAAUAUGGGAUAUACUGGGGAAUUUAAAGGGAUGGUUCACCCAAAAAAUAAAAAUACUGUCAUCAGUUAUUUACCCUUCAUUCGUUUCAAACCUUUUUGAGUUUCUUUCCUCUGUUAAACACAAAGGAAGAUAUUUUAAAGAAUGCUGGAAACUGGUAGCCAUUGACGUACAUAGUAUUUGUCUACUAUGGAUGCGAAUGGUUACCAUUUUACAGCAUUCUUCACAUUAUCUUAUUUUUUUUGUAAAAUGAAAGGGAAAUUCAUAAAGAUUUGAAACCACAUGAGGGCAAGUACAUUUCUGUUUCGAUGUGAACCAUCAUUUUAAGGCACCUUUAUAUAGCUGAUUUAAACGGACAGUUCGUUGAAAAAAUUUUCAUAUAAAUCACUUUUUUUAUUCAGUAAAAUAGUGAGGAUUUGUCAUUACAGCUGGUCUUUACUACAUUUAAAUGCAAGACAAGCAGGUUGUGGCAUCCAGGAUAAGCACAAGUGCCAUUUAGAUAAACUGAAAAUUCUGUGCAGUUACAGUAUGCUCUGCCCUAUUACAACCCCUAGUGUUUUGCUGUGUAAAAGCAUCCUUGAUACUUCAGAGUAGUAUUAAAUGGAUAGGUCACUCCCAAAACAAACUUAUGUCAUCAUUUGCUCGCCCUCAAGUGGUUCUAAAACUGUUUGUUUCUUUUUUUCUAUUGAACACAAAAAUAUUUUGAUGAAUAUUUCCUUCUAUGCAAGUCAAAGGCUCCCUGUUUCCAACAUUCUUCAAAAUAUCUUAUUUUCUGUUUAACAGAAAAAUGAAACUAAUAAACAUUUGGAACCA